AUGCAGCUCGUCAAACUCGAACAGACGGGUGAAUCAAACCAAGGAGCUAUCAGCCAUCUCGAUCAAAGCUUGGGCGCUCUGACGAGUCUCACUCGCCAGAUUGCUGCUGAUGUCGCAAAGCCCAUAUCGCAAUCCGCACAGCCAGAAACUUCCCCUUACUUUGACUCAGUUCGAAAUAAGCACCAUGAUGGCCAGGUGCCAGAUGGUCAGGCGCCGAAUAUCAAAUUCCCUCUGGAGACAGUCGAGUUUGACCGGGGUGGUGAAUAUUUAUACAGUUAUCCAGCACCUGUAGUGCUGAUAAAAUGCCUAUUACAUCAGACCACCGCGUCGCUUCUUACAUAUGAUGAACAGAGAACCAAUCGAAACUAUGGCAACGAGGGUCUAAGCAAUCAUUUCAACACACUUCAAGAUAGAAAAGCAAGAGCUACUCUCCAGCAGAAGCUCGACGCCUUCCCUUUCAAGUCGCCCUGUGUAGAUUUCCUUCCGGCUAAGGAUCGAGAGGCCAUCACCUCACCAGCUCGUUUCAUUGUCAAUGCUUCCAUAGAUGGCUACCUCCAAGCUUUCAAUACCAAAGUCCCUAUCUUUGACGAGAACGACUUGCGCUGGGCCAUAAACACACAUUACAGCAUCGAAUCGGUAGCCAGGAAUGAUAUGGCAUGGCCGCUCAUCACAAACGCGAUCGUACUUCUACAAAUCGGUCUGGAAUUACGAGUAGCGCAUACAUCGCAAAAUAACUCUCCUACCAUGCAUGAUGGUAUUUUAUUUCCUUUUCUGGAAAACUGCGACCGAGCCAUGCGGAAUCUCGCCUCGUUUAUGGUACCGACGAUUGUCAAUGUCCAGGCGCUUAUUAUCCUGACACUCGUCUCUCGAGAGUUUUUCAGCAAUGCCACAGCUGAGAGAGUAUGCCAGGCAGCUUGCCAAGCUGGUCGUGCACUCGGCCUGCAUCGAUCCAAGGCUCGUCGUAACAGUGACGGCACGAAUAGCCCAACGGAAACUGAGAAGGAAAGAGAGCGCUUGUUCUGGGCUCUUUACACCCUCGACAAACAACGAGUUUUCAUGACGGGCCAGCCGUGCGAUCUUUAUUCGUUUGACUCGGACCACGACCUGCAAGGGCAUUCCCUCGAGGAUGCUUCAAAUCGCAUGAUGACGGUAUGGGAAGAGAUCUAUGUCAACUUGUACUCUUCAAAAGCUGCAAGUCCCAGGAGCCAAAAAGGCUCUCGGCAGAUACACCACGUGAAGACGUUGAUGAAGGAGUUGAGUCAACGACAUCUGAACCAGAAACUUAACUACUGCGACGACUCGGAAAGCCUUAACCCACUGCAAGUCGAGUUUACAUACGGCUGCUACGUAUCUGAACUACUUGUUCUCGGCUCCGAGCAGACCUCGGAGCAGGUACAAAACCAUAAAAUCCAGAUUGCCCGCUCAGCUCUAAAACUGAUUCUCCGAGUCUCCGCAAAGACACCUACCCCUGCUCACAUAACUGCGUUAGCGAGGAUGUUCCGAAACUACCCAAUUGUUGCCUUCAUAGAACUAGUAUCCUUCCACCUCUGGCACCUUUUCACGCGGAGGAAAUACAGUGAAGAUGCUCAGACUGAUGUAUCUCUCCUACGGGCAGUCCUUGAUCGGCUCCAAAUACUCCAACUCCGAAGCCUAUCGUAUACUUUCUACACUCGAAUGAAAGUUGGGUUAUCCUGGGCCCUGGAUACUCUACGAGCCACCGGUGAGGUCACAGCCGUCCCUCUCAGCCAACUACCAACACAAACUCCAGCCAUCCGUCGCCAUUCGACAUCGCCAACCCUUAUGACCUCAGUCUAA